AUGUUCAGUGGGGCUUGGAAGCUUGGAUUGAGGCUCUGUUCGCGUGAUGUGUGGAGCUGCCGGGUAACCUCAUGUAACGUCUGGGGGGCGCAAGUUCCAGAGCUUGUUGAGAAGAGGUAUUUUGAUAAGUUCGAGGGCACAGUAUCGACCGUUACCGCUACUGACACCACCGCUACCGGUCAAUAAUUGCCGGAGCCACGAUUAGGAGGUAGCUAGUGAUCUGCCCUCCAUUUAUCUGUUUCUCUGAUGCUCAAGCUAACUAUUUAACAUGCAGACGACCCACCAAACAAAGCAGUAUCAUACAGUCAAAUAUCUCAGUUGCUUCAGAUGGCCUCCCGCUUGGUUCUUUGCAUAGGAGAUCUCCAUAUCCCGGAUAGAGCUCCGGUACAUCUCUCUUUAACCUCCCAAACUUGUCCGAGUAUUCAAUAAGCUAAUUCCCUUGUAGGACAUUCCAGCCAAGGUGUCUCCUCUCCCACCCUUGUCCAUCUACCCCUCCAAACCCGCAAUCUAACAAUCACCAGUUCCGCAAACUCCUCUCUCCCGGAAAGAUCGGACAGAUCCUCUGCCUGGGGAACCUGACGGACAAGGAAACCUAUGAUUUUCUUCGAAGUGUAGCUCCAGAGUUACAGAUUGUCAAGGGCGAUUUCGACACCGACGCUACUAAUCUUCCUCUAUCGAAGGUCGUCACGCAUGGGAAUCUGCGUAUUGGAUUUACGCAUGGUCAUACCAUUGUACCACAGGGUGACAGCGAUUCCUUACUGAUUGAGGCAAGGAGGCUUGAUUGUGAUGUGCUGGUUUGGGGCGGUACUCAUCGAUUUGAGGCGUACGAACUCGAGGGAAGGUUCUUCAUUAAUCCAGGUUAGGGAUUUUGGGGUUUAGAGGUCGGGGAACAAGGUGCUGAUGGGGCGUAGGGUCUGCGACUGGCGCUAUCUCUGGUGGAUGGGUUUCGACGGAUGAGCCUAUUGUUCCCAGUUUCUGCUUGAUGGAUGUGAGUUUGAUUCCGGCCAAUAAUUAUGGGGGCCGGAGCAGGAUCUAACUGUCUAUAGGUACAAGGGAGUGUACUUGUGCUCUAUGUCUACCAGCUCCGUACAGAUGAGAAGGGGGUCGAGAGCGUCGGUGUCGAGAAGGUCACAUUUAGGAAAAACGGCGAAGCCCCUUCGUAGCUCAACCAGGGAGUCUGGUGAGACGUUGGUAGUCGAAAUAUGUACAUUUUUUCGGUCCUCAAUGGCGAUUGGGUUUCAUUUUCUUUUCUUUCACAUCAUGUUUAGUUGGUGUUACGAAUACGUGAGAUGCGAACUGAUGGAUGCUGUGGGGUGGCAUGCUGAUUCCAGAGCAUUUGCCUUUAAUGAAUACCAGAUGAUUGGUUAUUGGGGGAAAAAUCAAAACGGGUACCUAAAAAUACAAUGCUCAAGAAAGGAACGCAAAAAAAGCGUCGCCAACGCAUAUAACUAGGGCCGGACCUUAGAAAGAGGCAACACCUCCUAAGGACUCCUCACCCGGGGUAACGGUCCAGCUAGAACGAGGAAUAUAGACCGCAGGACAGGCUUUUGAAGACCCUUUGACAAAUCAGACCGUUCAGGUACUGAUCCCAACCGAAGAUCUAAGAGCACAGCAACCCGUCUCACCCUCUCAUCACCUUAAAACCCGUCACCCUGUCUCCCUCCCAACCCCAAAGAUCCAUACUUCGCACCUGGGACCAAACUCUUAUGAUCCGCUGGGUUUGCAGCAGCCUCAUACAACGUAACCACAUGCUCUUUCUUCAACUCGGUCCAAUCCCCCUUAAACCCCAAAUAAGAGAUCUGCGUAAACUCCUCCCCAUCCGAGUAAUUAUUCUCAAAGAAGAGUGUCAGGGAUCUAGUAUUGUUGAACAACGCCCGCUUCACUGGGAUCUCCAUAACUCUAUCAUUGCCGGGAGGCGGCAUCGGGAGGUCCAGUGCCUGUACGGCUUGGGUAUCACCAGCGGAACUAAAGUCCAUAUCGUCCCUGUUCGAAAAGAGCUUCAAGGUUUUCGGAGCAGAGACUCCGGGGUCCGCGCCGAUGAGGAUUGAAUGGAGCUUUACGAGGCCGACAAAUCUGGUAUUGUUAUCUCCUCAAUAUCCCCGGAUCGAUGAAUUGAUUGUUAGUUACUAGGGUAGGGAGGGAAGGGGUACGAACGGGAUGAACAUUAAGAGUUCCUCAUCCGCAUCACUUUCGACAAUGGGAGUGCUGGCGAGCCG